GGCAAGUCCUUCUGUGGCCUCCCACCCCAGGCCUGAAUCUUGCCCCUUCCGGGCACCGUGACCCCUCCUGGCAGGCCCGAAGCUGCCCCAGCCCUGACGCUUCAUCUUCAGAACUCACCUUCACGCAGGUUAAAAACUGCACAAUGGGGCUCAGGCAGGAAUCACAUCUCAGACGAAGUUGGACGUUCAGAGACGCAGACAGAGCUGUCUCCUGGGACCCAGAGGAGGACACUGAAGUUGGGGACGCCCGGCGAGACUGAGUGAGGACCCCAGGCGACAGCCUCAAAGGGAACAUCCGGAUUCCACUCUCUGUGGAAGGAGACCAGGGCCCAGGAAUGAAGCUGGAUACGGCUGUGGGCUGCAUGCUGGUGACUAUGGUGCUGACCGGGGCAGGAGCAGUUCCUGGCCCCAAGCCCCUCGGGGUCCUCCCAGAUGCAAGGGGCUGCCCCUUGGCCCAGUUCCAGUCUCUGUCCCCGCAAGAGCUGCAGGCCUUCAAGAAGGCCAAGGACAUCUUUGAAGAGUCGCUCUCCCUGAAGGCCUGGAGCUGCCGCCCCCGCCUCUUCCCCAGGACCUGGGACCUGCAGCAGCUGCAGGUGUGGGAGCGCCCCGUGGCCUUGGAGGCCGAGCUGGCCUUGACCAUGAAGGUCCUGGAGACCAUGGCUGAUUCGUCCCUGGGGGACAUCCUGGACCAGCCCCUUCACACGCUGGGCCACAUCCACUCCGAGCUCCAGGCCUGUGUCGAGGCUCAGCCCCCAGCAGGCCCCCGGCCCCGAGGCCGCCUCCAGCACUGGCUGCACCGGCUGCAUGAGGCUCCAAAGAAGGAGUCCCUUGGCUGCCUGGAAGCCUCUGUCAUGUUCAACCUCUUUCGUCUCCUCACCCGGGACCUGAAGUGUGUGGCCAGUGGGGAUCUGUGUGUGUGA